CAGGCACAGAAGCGACAGACCAGAGAGCAGCGCAUUGUUCACACUCCAUUCAAGCCAACAAACUCAAGACAAGGUACUCACACCAACUCGAACAAGAUGACUCUUGACACCAAUGGCAGUUACAUGCAUGCGGAGAACACGAAUUUGACACUGGAAGAGUUUCUGGAGAAAUAUUUGGGACCCCGUCGCUCACCCAUGUUGCUCCCUAUCUUCAUCAAUUACCUGAUCAUAUUUUUGGUUGGCGUCUUUGGCAACGUGCUGACUUGCACAGUCAUCGCCCGCAACAAGGUGAUGUGGACGCCAACAAACUACUACUUGUUCAGCCUGGCCGUGUCAGACCUGCUGGUGCUCCUUCUGGGCAUGCCACUGGAGCUGUACGAGCUGUGGCAGAACUACCCUUUCCUCUUUGGGAAGGGAGGCUGCUACUUUAAGAUUUUCCUAUUCGAGACGGUCUGCUUGGCCUCCAUCCUCAAUGUGACGGCACUGAGCGUAGAGCGCUACAUCGCCGUGGUGCACCCGCUACGGGCCAAAUACGUAGUGACGCGCACCCAUGCCAGGCGGGUCAUCCUCACGGUGUGGGGUAUGUCAGUGUUGUGUGCUCUACCCAACACAAGUCUGCAUGGGAUUUCCUUCCUGACGAGUAACUCCACCAGUCCUGACGGGCCAGACAAAGUGGAGAUCCCAGAUUCAGCCAUGUGUACCCUGGUGAAGCCUCAGUGGAUAUAUAACCUGAUCAUCCAAGUGACGACCUUGUUAUUUUUUUUCUUGCCCAUGCUCACCAUUAGUGUUUUAUACACGCUUAUUGGGCUGCAGCUCAAACAGGAGAGGAUGCACCAAGCAAUGGAAACAAAGUCAGGCGCCGGUCAGGACAGCUUCUGCAGCGUCCGCACUCAACAACAAAAGGCCAGACGACGGCAGGUCACCAAAAUGUUAUUUGUUUUAGUGGUGGUUUUUGGGAUCUGCUGGGCUCCGUUCCACACUGACCGCCUCGUAUGGAGUUUCAUCACCGAGUGGACCGACAGCCGUCGGCAAAUAUUCGAGUACGUGCACAUCCUCUCUGGAGUGUUCUUCUACCUCAGCUCAGCCGUCAACCCAAUCUUGUACAACCUUAUGUCCACCCGCUUCCGAGAAAUGUUCAAGGAUGUCAUGUGCCAUCGGCCGCACAACGCCAUCCCUCGUAAUUAUUCUUUAAGUGUCACUCGAGUGACGCUCCGCAGUACCCUGAAUGAAGUGCCGCUCAGCAGUGGAGCGAAUGCAGCGGAAGGGGAGGCAGAGGAUGGAGAGCAGGCGGUGAAAAAAGAUGCCACUUUCACAUGUUAAGCUUUGUGAUUUUGAACAGACAAAGGUCAAUACGCGAGGACGCAUUGAGAAGGAAAAUUCAACUUAAUUUACUGUGGUUAUGCUUGUUCUGUUCUUGUACUUAUUGUGUUAGAGUGUUUAUUUUAAGGAGCAUUUGUAUUUUUCCUCCAUUUGUCAGACAUUCACAAAAACAGUACAGUGGACCCCCAAUAUUCGUGUUCGCCAUAUUUGAUGUGCAAGUCCACCCUGAGAGAAUUAGUUUUACAUGCAUUUUAAUUUGCUUGGUGCUUGUUUUUUUUUCCUUGGUGCUCAGUGUUGUAGACCUGUCCGGACAGAUUUUGUAGCCAAAUAUACACAUGUGGACAAAAUUAUUGGUACUCCUCUGUCAAUAAAAGAAAUAAUGACUACAAUACAUGUAAUGAAAAUCAACCAAGGAAAAUCAGACAUUGCUUUUAAAUUGUGUUACAAGAGAAUUAAAAAACAAAUAGGCUUGGACAAAAUUUAUGCUCUCUCUCGAAAAGAUUGAACAUAGCGUUUCAGAAAGUGCGCAAGGAGUUUUAGCUCCUCCACAGAUGCAUAAUUAAAACAAUUUUAUUGACAAAUGACACUAUAUAUAGUCAUGGCAGAGAGUUGGGCGGGGGCGGAAUAUUUUCUCCGGGGCGUAACAAAAAAUGAUUGAGAAGCACUGCCAUAGGUCAUGUUCAAUCAAGGUGUGUCGUCUAAUUAGCAUCAAAGGUGUCUUCAAACUUGUAAGCCGUCAAUCGGCCUAUUGAAAGGGUGACAAGUCGUGUCCGUCUUUUGUGUGCAUUGCAAAAAGUUUUUUGUCAGUGGAGAAUGUAAUCGAAUGAAAGUGCCAUGUGAAAACAUACCCAGGUGCCUCAAGUUCACUUUAAUCACGCUGCGAAUGACCACGGGGUGGUAACGGUGCAGGUAUCCUGAUUUUUCGAUACAUUUGGUACUACACAGGGGCACGUUGAGUUCCCACAAGGAAUAUGUAUGAUAAGGGACAGGUAGAGAAACUGCCUCGCACUGUAGCCGUUAUGUUCCACUCCAUGCAGCUCAGCCUCUGGUAAGCAGACGCCAUAGCUUGCAGUAUGCUCUAGUCUACAGAGUAUUAAACUUUUUAACGCAUUUUAAAAAGUCAAACACAAGUGCAAUGUUAAUGCAACAUUCUGUGGCAUAAAAACAGCUUUCUCUGGCUAGUGCCAUUAUAAUAUUAAUCAUAGUUGACACUCCAUCACUGCUUUUAUAGCAUUAAAAUUCUCACAUUCAAAGCUACUGUUAAACUUGCAUUGUUCAUGUCUUCAAAACAAAAAUGAAACUAUUGAGGGUGCACGUUCCUAAAAGGAAAAGGUUCUACGUAUUUACAGAUGUUCCUAAAUAUUAUAUCAUUGAUGUGUAAUUAUUUUGUUUAUUUGUUUAACGGGCCAUUUAUCAGUGAACUGACUGCAGUGUUUGUGAUUUUGAAUGUCAUUAAAUCGGUUCUUGUUGAAAGAAAAGCUACGCACUCAGGUCUAUUCAUUUGUUCCCUUACAAAUGUGAAGCAAACCGUGACCUUGGCUAAAACCGAUGUAUCUACCAAUUCCUGGGGUACCGUUAUGCCUUUCAAAU